GUAGUCGUCCAAAUCACGGAUCACGAGAGGUCAUAUGAAAAAUGGCGGAACCGGCGACGAAUCUCAGCAAGAACUGCUGACACACUUUCAGAUUUCUCUUCCGUCUUGCCUUCCUCGUCGACGUAACGCCUCCUCCUUCAGCCCUUAAGAUUUUCCGGCACUUCUAAGACAAGAUGGCGGAAGGAUUCGCGAAGAACGGGAUGGAACCGAUCGAGUUUGACGACGUAAGGCUCGCGCUUGCCGGUAUCAACCUGAUGCUGAACAACGGCUUUCAGGAGUCAGAUAUGCUCUUCAACAAAUACAGACAGUACAGUCCAUUGAUGAGUGCAGGGGCCAGUUUUGUUAGCACCAUGCAUGCUGUUAUGACAUUUGAAGAAGAGAAGAUCUCAGCUGCCAUGCAAAUGUUGAAGUCGACAGAAAACCUCUGCGCAACGGACGAAGGCUUCUUGGAGUCCAUCAAGAGCAAGCUGGGCAGCAAACCAGCCUCGAAGGAAUCCGCACAACUGACCGUAGCGGAGCGACUGGAACGACAAAUCAUCAUCGGCGACUGUCAGCUCUACAUGGCCAUGUUAACGUUCAUCAAGCAAGAACUCUCCGCGUACGUCAAGGGCGGAUGGGUCUUGAGGAAAGCGUGGAAGAUCUACAACCGCGCCUACCGCGAGGUGACGGACUUGAUCGCGUACUGCGAAUGGAGGACGGGACAGAAGGUGAACGGUUCUCAGUCGAGUUUGGAUAGCCUAACGGACGGAGAGUCGGACUCUAUUCCACGACAGCUCCCCAGCAAAUCACAGUCAAGCUAUGAGAUUUCGAGAGAGGCCGCGAAAAGUUCCGUAACGACCAGUGCUUCCUGUGAAAACAUUCCCAGCAAGAAUCAAACGUGGAGCGGAGUUUCGAAAAGUAAAUCCGUCGCCAUGGCAAUGGCGACGAGCACAGAGGAUUUACCGUCCGCGGACACGCUAGGGAGGCUUCUUGGCGCGGUGAGUUUCGGCUUCGGACUCUUCCAGUUGACGAUAUCCAUGAUCCCGCCCUCGCUGCUCAAGAUCGUGAACAUGCUCGGGUUCCGCGUGGAACGCGACAUCGGGCUGAAGUGUCUGAAGACGGCGAGCAAAAGCCAGGACAUGAAAGCACCACUGGCAACGUUGUCGUUGCUAUGGUAUCACUUGGUUGCCACGCCUUUCUUUGCCUUGGGAAGUGGUGGUGCAGAGCAAGGUCUCUGUGAGGCAGAGAAGAUCUUACGUGAGAACGAAGCCUCGUACCCGACAUCUGCACUCUUCCUGUUCUUCAAGGGUCGACUUCUCAGACUCAGGUGUCAGAAUGAAGAGUCCCUGGCUGUGUAUAACCAAGCCCUAGAAGCCUGCAAGGACCAAAGAGAGAUCCAGCUUCUCUGUGUGUACGAGAUCAGCUGGUCCCAGCUACUGAAGUUGAACUUUGCAGAGGCACUGAGUGGAUUUCAAAGGUUGAAAGAAGAGUCCAGGUGGUCUCAGUGCUACUAUGCUUACCUCUCAGCAAUCUGCUAUGGUGCACAGGGAAAGAUCCCUGAGGCCCGAGACAUGUUCAAACAAGUGCCCAAAUUUGCACAGAAGAAGAGGAACCCACUGGAACUCUACACCGUUAGGAAGGCCCAGCAGUUCCUGAAGGCUGGUAAGAAGAACCAGACCAGGGAGUAUGUGAUGUUGUUAGCGCUGGAGGUCCUGUACUUGUGGAGAGCCCUCCCCACCUGCGACACGGACGACCUUCAAAAGAUGCUACAAGAAUGUGGUAAGGUGACAGACCAGAGUCUGAUCUCCAUGGGGUUCCUGAUCGAGGGAUCAAUCCACAGUAUCCUUGGGAAUAGGGACGAGGCCAUGACUUGUUUCGAAGCUGCCCUGGCCAAGUCUUCCAGUCCACACCAGGAACAACAUGUGGCACCGUUCGCCUGUUAUGAGUUAGGAGUUCUGUACCUGGAGAAAGCAGAGACACAUGACCAAGGAAAGGCCCUUCUAAUCAAAGCAAAGGAUGGCUACAAGGACUACGACUUUGAGAACCGCCUGCGUAUCCGUGUCCACGCGGUGUUACGCCACAUGAAGGACAUUCCCGUCGAACAACCAGAACCAGACGAAGACAAGGAAGUCGAAGACGAUGACUGAAACUGCGACAUACCAUUCAUUGAAUGUUUUCUUGCCAGUUCAUUACUUUAAUCCUACCAUAUUCUAUGUGAAACCGGAAUGGUUUGUUCCAAUCUUACUGUGAUUUUAGAUCUGUAGAAUGGAAUGUACCAUUCUGUUGGAGGGUGUUGGGUUGACAGGGCAGUCAUCUUUCUUAUUUCCUGAAAAGCCCAUUUAUUUUCAGUGGGACUGUUUUUGAAUUUGUUGUCCAGCAAGAAAUACAUAUACUAUGACUUAUGCCAGGAAUUACAUGAUGAUAGUGUUUUAAAUUAGUAUUUUUUUUUUCUUAGACAGCCAAUACAGUGCCACCAAAAAAUCUUCGAUAAAUGAGCUUUGCAGGUAAGAAAAAAGUUAUACAUAUUUAGCUAUAGCCCUGGACAAAACGUUUAAUUUCCGUCUUGUUUUUUUUUGGAGAUUCAACUAUGGAUAGAAUUUAAUUUAGAACCGAAAACAAAAUGCUCUCCAUAAAAAAAAGAAUGUAUACGUGUGAAUGUUGCAUUAUGACAAAGUGACCACUCUCAGUCAAUCACUGCGACAAAAUAGAAAAAUUAUGUUUCAAUCUCUCAAUAUUUCUUCCAAGCUAGAGAGCAAACCCCAAAAAUAAGACAAUUUCUUGUGAAAAAUAACAAUUAUAAUAGAUUGAAGUUGAUUUUGAUGUAGGUAAUUUUGACUAGAGACAGAAUCAUAAUAUAUAUUCACUAUACUGUUUACUGAUUUUUUUGCCUGUAUCAUUUUUAGUGUAAAAAAAGGUGGCCCUUCCAACAGUGUUCAAAUCAUAACCUCUGGGUCACAUGAUUAUGUGUUGCCCAUAUUUGGUAGCACGAUGAUGCUAUACUAGUACUAUUAUGGGAUAGGCUCUGAGAAUAUGACAAAACUAUUGGUAAAAGAGAGACACUUUGCUAUUCUUUUUGAAAAUUAGUUAGAUCAAAGCAAUCUAAAUUAAAACCUACACUUAGUCUACAAUAUACAUAUAGAAGAAAAUUUAAUAUUAAAAUCUGUUUUGUGAUUUGAAUACAGAUAAUCAGCCUUUGUGUAUGUAAAUCUUAUAGAUAAAAUCCAAAAAUUUAUUCUUAGGAUAAAUUUCAAAUUAUAAUAACUAAAGAUAUAGUUAACUAUUGACUAUGCAGAAAUUUAUAAACUUAAAGCAUAUCAUUAGCUUUUCUGGCUUCAAGGGAAAUUUGUCAGAUUUAAUAAAACUUCUCAGAAUAUUCUAUUGCAGAUUUGUAAGCUAGAAUUGUAAUAGAUUUGAUUGUUUUAUUGACAAUUUGCAGUGAAAAGAUUAUUGAAGUAAUCUGAUAUGCUGAACAUGUUGAAAUGUCAAGAAAAAUGUCUCUUAUAUUACUAAGUAUUGCCUCUUUAAAGAUGUAUGUUUGCGCCAUAGUUAAUAGUGAUAUCGGUGUUGGUCUAUCACAUGAUUCUAUUACACAAAAUUAUGUAGUAAGACAACAAAAAACAAUCAGACUGUAUAUACAGCUAUGUAAAAUACAUCGUAACACAGAAAGACAUUCAGAUAAAAGUGCUUAAUUUCUACAUUUGUCUUGGCUUAGGCAUCGUCAAUUUGACACAAUCUUGACGUAUAUACCAAAACAUUUGUAGUACUAUUUGUAAAAUUUGAAACUUGUAGCCUGUCUUUACAAUUUGCUGGAAAUUUUUCUUUCUAAAAUUACAUAUAUAUAUAUAGUUAAUACAUGCAUCAGCUAUUUGUUCAAUGAUUGUGGUGAACAGCUAGAAAAAUGUUGGUAUGGUGAAAGUGUGGUGUAAAUUGCUGCUUCUUGUUAUUAAAAUUAUGUGAUUAAAAAAAGGGAAAAUCA